AUGACAUCGAUCAACUUGGAUUCCAUCCAAUUCUACCAACCCCCCGCCAAAGCCGAUUUGGCUGACAAAAGACCAUCGGUGGCGUCGGUUGGUGAUGUUCCCCUCGUCUACGGAGAGGGAUAUACUCCUACGGUUCCUAGAUCCAACGGCGGAUGGGGUGAACCACUUAACGACUACGAUCUGAUCGAAGUCCUUGAAUCGACUGGCUCGUCAUCGAAGGAUCCUCUUGAUUUCUUAUCCUACAAGCGUGCACAAGAGUUGCAACAAUCGGGCUUGAGACUAGAUGAAGACAAAGGUGCGAAUACCGACAGCAGCAGCAGCGUCCACUCUAGAAGCGAUGGCUCGACUUCUGAGCAAGGCGAAGGGCACUGCUCCCUCAACACUCCACGGCCUUCUGAAGCAGGCUCAGAAGCUGGGACAGAAGAUCCCAUCUCUGAUCCUCCUCCUCCUCCACUCUCUAAUCCCCUCCUCUCGUCGAUGUACGGUACAGAAAUCAGCUUCAAAAAUAUCGAGCCUCGUCAUUCCUGUGGGGGGAAAGAGAAAGAAGACAGAGGAACGAGCGGCAAUACAGACAACAUCAUCCAAUACUCUCUCCCAUUGCCUAGUGCGUCGCCAAAUCCUGAAACACCACUGAUUUCGUGGCGGUCUCCGCACCGAGAAGACACCAUAGGGUCAGCGGCAGAUCCGGCUAGAUUGCCAUGGAUGUGGAGCCCAACGAGCCUUACGGACAAUGAGCCUGUGAUAGCUAUGGACGCCACCGACAUUCGAGGUUCCUCCAAGCGCACAGCAGACAAUGCAGGUUUAAACGAGAGUGGAGAAGGUGUAUACAGGUUAGAGAAGGCCCGGCGUGAAGGUCAGUACGCAGGUACCUGUCCCCGCGGGUGCGUUUAA